CUCACUCUCAUCUCUCACACUUACUCACCCAAAUCUGAAAACUUGAGUCAUAUACAAACGCAACUCCGCGUCUCCACCGUCGCCGCUUCUCCAGUCUCCAGAGCCACGUCUCCACCGACCGCCGCUUGCUUAGUUACAGUCAACAACAAAGACAGUUGGGAGCUCCCUCAAAUUUUGUUUAUUUAAGAAAGUGCGACCCAACAAAGCAUCAUGGUGGGAUUUAAAAAUAGGUAUAUGGUAAUGGAGGUCUUUUUGGACCCAAAUAGAGAGCUUCUUGAUGGUGAUCCCAUUAUACUUACCCAAUUUAAUGUGUCAAAAGCAAUCAAAGAUAAUAUUCUUGUCAACUUUGGAGAGUGUGGUUUAGCUUCUAUGCUUGGAUCAUUUCAAGUCAAGUAUGUGAAUCAUAUAACAAAAGUUUGUAUCAUCAGAGCCUCUAGGGAGGACUACCAGAAAGUUUGGUCUGCAAUUACUAUGGCUAGAAGUAUUGGAAACUGCCCAGUGCUAUUUAAUUUAUUGGAUCUAAGUGGGAGUAUCAAGGCCUGUAAGGAGGCUGCCUUGAAGUGUGAGACGUUGAAGUUUGAACAUUACAAGCUUGUGGCAGGAUCACGCCUCUCUGCUGAUACUGCUCAGCACAUGCAAAAUUGUCUUGAGAAGAUCAAAAUUUUGGAACACUGAAAAUACGGACUCAUGUCUUUCUGGAAUUUUGAAGGUAGAAUGAGACCCUGUGCCAUUUUUUGUCAGUUAUAGUAUGUGGAUGAGGUUGAAUGCAAAUACAUAGGAGUUUUUUAUUUGACUAGGAAUUAGUUGUUCUACUUUAUUCACCUGCUUGCUUAUCUUAGAAAGGAAAUUUUAAAACAACCAGUUGCCUGAAAUAAUAAGAACAACAAAUUGAGGCCUGCCAAUUUGACAAGAUGUACCAAAUAAUAUUUUUCUUUCUUUUGUCGAGGAUGGAAAGGCAGUUAUAUUCUUUU